AUGAUGGAGAGGUGUUUAGGAGCUCACCGGUGCCGGAGAAUCCAGAGAGCUUUGCGUCACUUAAAGGUAACGGUUCUCUGUCUCGUUCUCACCGUAGUCGUCCUACGUGGCACAAUCGGCGCCGGUAAAUUCGGUACUCCGGAGCAAGAUCUCGACGAGAUCCGUCAGCAUAUCUACACAUCUCGUAAACGAGCCGAGCCUCACCGUGUACUCGAAGAGAUACAAACCACCGGUGGCGAUUCAUCUUCCUCCGGCGAUGCAAACUCCGGCGGUGGCGGGAGCAAUAACUACGAGACAUUUGACAUCAACAAGAUCUUCGUUGACGAAGGGGAAGAAGAGAAACCCGACCCGAAUAAGCCGUACACUCUCGGCCCCAAGAUAUCCGAUUGGGAUGAACAGAGAUCCGACUGGCUAGCUAAGAACCCUUCCUUCCCCAACUUCAUCGGACCAAACAAGCCACGUGUCCUCCUGGUGACCGGUUCCGCGCCGAAACCGUGUGAGAAUCCUGUCGGAGACCAUUACCUAUUGAAGUCGAUCAAGAACAAGAUCGAUUACUGUAGGCUUCACGGGAUCGAGAUCUUCUACAACAUGGCUUUACUAGAUGCUGAGAUGGCUGGUUUUUGGGCCAAGUUGCCGUUGAUUAGGAAGCUUUUGCUUUCUCACCCUGAGAUUGAGUUUCUUUGGUGGAUGGAUAGUGAUGCUAUGUUUACGGAUAUGGCGUUUGAGCUUCCAUGGGAGAGGUAUAAAGAUUAUAACUUGGUGAUGCAUGGAUGGAAUGAGAUGGUUUAUGAUGAGAAGAAUUGGAUUGGGUUGAACACUGGGAGUUUCUUGCUUAGGAAUAAUCAAUGGGCGCUUGAUUUGCUUGAUACUUGGGCUCCUAUGGGUCCUAAAGGGAAGAUCCGUGAGGAAGCGGGUAAGGUUUUGACCCGUGAGCUCAAGGGUAGGCCGGUUUUCGAAGCUGAUGAUCAGUCUGCUAUGGUUUAUCUCUUGGCUACUCAGCGAGACACUUGGGGAAAUAAGGUAUACCUAGAAAAUGGAUACUAUCUUCACGGUUACUGGGGGAUUCUCGUGGAUAAAUACGAAGAAAUGAUAGAAAACUACCAUCCGGGUCUAGGCGAUCACAGGUGGCCAUUGGUUACUCACUUUGUGGGUUGCAAACCCUGCGGGAAGUUUGGAGAUUACCCGGUGGAACGGUGUCUAAAACAGAUGGACAGAGCCUUUAACUUUGGGGAUAACCAGAUUCUGCAAAUAUAUGGUUUUACUCACAAAUCUUUGGCUAGUCGCAAAGUCAAGAGAGUGAGGAACGAGACUAGCAAUCCACUUGAGAUGAAAGACGAGCUUGGGUUGCUUCAUCCGGCGUUUAAGGCUGUUAAGUUACAAACCAACCAAGUUUGAAUGCGUUUAGGCUUUUGUGUUCUGUUUCUUGCUAUAUUCAUAAUGUCUUUGCUUGUUGUUGUACUAAGAUGGAUGAACAAAAGUAUUGUGCAAGAGACAUCGGUUUGUUUAUUUUUUGUCUGUCUACCGUUCUUUAUCGAAUUCAAAUGUUGUGUCUUUUUUAUAGAACUUGAGAUUUUGUAUCUUUAUAAAUCAAUAAUCAAUUGAUGACAAAAAAAGAAAAAUCAAUAAUCAAUUUUAAUUAA